GACUCGGCGGGAAGACGGCGGACUCCCCGGUCCAGAGCAUUCGCGCCCGCCGCCGGGCUCCUUCGGGUGGCCGAGCGGGGCAAGAACCCGCCGCGGCCGUUCCGCUCCCCGGAGCUGGUCGGGCGCCGAAGGCUGGAGCGCGUCGGCCGGGCGGCUGCUGGGAGGGCCGGCCCGGGCGCUGCUGCUGCUGCUGCCGGCUGGGGGAGAGCCAGCAGGGAGGGAGGCGGCCACAGGCCGGGCGGUGGCGGAGGAGCCGGCGAGAGGCACCUGCCCGGCUGCGGUUCCGCGAAGCGCCUUCAGCGAGCGGCGCUCCCGGAGGCUGCGGCCGUUUGGGCUCCUCCGGCCGAGGAGGCUCCAGGCGAGGGGCGGGGCGGGCCCUUCGCAGGGCGAGGCGCUGCUGGCCAGGAGGCCCCGCUUGGAAGGGCGGCCGGGCGGCCUCUCUUGCGCCGAGGGAAGGCCGGGCGCGGAGGGUCCCUGCAGCAGGGCGGCCUCGGCCAGAGCGCUCGGGGGCUUCCGCCUCUUGUCCAGGGAGGGUCCCCCGCGUGGUGACGGGGCAGCCCCGCUUGGACGGAGGGGCCGGGCCAGGGCGGCUGCAAAGGCCGGCAGAGGCUGCCCACCUGUGGCGGGGGGGGGGGGGGGGGGGGAUUGGGGAGGCUCCGUCUCUCGGCUUUGUGGGCAGCAGAGAGGCGGCCUCCUUCCGGGUGAGGUCGCGGCUUGUAAGGCCUCCCCGUCCUCUUCCUUUUUGUGCCUGACAGCCCCGCAAGCUGGGCGAUGAAGGGCCCCCUCCUGCCCGUCAGCAGAGACCGGAGGAUCUCGGACUUCCCCAAGUGCUACACCCCCGAGGCCUGUCUGCAGCUCAGGGAGGACUUCCACGCCCAGGUGAGGGCAGCCUGUCAGCGGAGGAACCCUGGGACCGUUGGGCUAAAGAUCUCCAAAGUGGUCGUGGUGGGAGACCUCUGCGUUGGAAAAACAAGCCUUAUCAACAGGUUUUGUAAAGAGGUUUUUGACCGGGAUUACAAGGCAACGAUUGGCGUGGAUUUUGAAAUUGAGCGUUUUGAGAUCGCUGGGGUGCCCCACAAUCUUCAGAUAUGGGACACGGCCGGCCAGGAGAAGUUCAAGUGCAUCGCAUCUGCCUACUACAGAGGAGCGGAAGUAAUUAUCACCGUCUUCGACUUGGCUGACAUCCAGACUUUGGACCACACCAAACGGUGGCUGGAGGACGCCCUGCGGGAGAACCACCCCGGAUCCAGCUUUGUGUUUUUGGUGGGAACCAAGAAGGAUCUGCUGUCCAAUGCCGAGAGCGAGCGGACAGAGCGGGACGCCGUCCGUCUGGCCAACGAGAUGCAGGCAGAGUAUUGGUCCGUUUCGGCCAAAACAGGGGAAAACGUCAAGGACUUUUUUUUCCGGGUCGCUGCCUUGGCCUUCGAGAAGUCUGUGCUAAUGGAGCUGGAGAAGAGCUGCAACCGGCUGCUGCCAAUCGGCACAGGGGACUUCAUCAGGAUCGAAGAAAACGCGGCGUCUUCACCUGGAUCUCGUCCGUCCAACCUGAACUGCUGCUGACGGCUUCCAGGGGAGACACCGUAGGCUGCCCCCAUUGCUCUUAGACGAGCAGGAAACCAACUGGCUCUCCCAAGAACCAGAAGCAGAGCCAGUCCCCACCUUCGCUCCUCCCAAAGCCCUCCGAGCCAUGGAGGAGAGGAGCCGCCUUUCUCUCCCUGGAAACUCUGUGCUCCAAAUGCGGAGCAUUCUGCCUUCUCGUUACCUAUUGGAGAUGGUACAAACGGACCAGGUCUGCUGACUGGGCAGGAGUCAAACCAGCUAAGACUUCUUGGCAGCCGCAAAUUGAACUGGACGUCUAGUUAAAGCUUAACCGUGAAAUAGCUGUUAAAACCGGCAGGAGGAGUUUGAACCAAGAGGGAGAGAUCUGGAGUGAGAAAACCCCCGACUGUCUCCGAUUUAGGGCCUGUCUAGUGGACUCGACCCCAGAGCAUCUUGCACCGAAUUGUUUGAAUUACUCGCUAGCUUGGCUUAGAAUUACUGCCAGAGCAACUCCUGUAAAAACAGGCCUUUUAUUUUCAUGCAGAAUUAAAGGCUGUGCCGGAGACCCCA